CUGCUAAAAAUAAUCAAUUAGAUAGUAAAAAAGCUAUUGAAACAAUUUUUGUUCAAGAUAUUAAUGAUUACAUUAUCACACUUAACAUUAUAGGCACUAAUGAUAAAGCAAUGGCCACAAUAAUAGUUAAUAAAAUUGAAAAUAGUGAUAGAUAUAAUUGGACAGCUACAACUUUUUGUCUUGUAUCAUAG